UGCGUUCAGCAAGAGUUCGAGACGACCAGCCCUAAACGCAGCGCCGCAUGAACAUUUGCGAACCUGUGCGUAGCGCAUUCGUGCGAUGGCCGGCCGUAAUUUUCCUGCUGUAUGUGUAUGCACGUUAAACACGUGUAAAUACCUCCCUCGCCUAUUCGCACUUUGUUUACGGGCAGCAGCAGACAGCAGAAAACACGAGCAUUGAACAGUAUUUGACGACAAGACACUGCUUUUCUAAAAGAGAAUGCUGCGCCCCGUCACUGAGCGAACUUGCCGCGGUUGGUGCUCCACACUUGCUUUGAGGCAAUCCUUUUCAACCUCCAACCAUGUCGUGCUCAACAUGUACAGACCCAAAGUUCAGGAUACGAAGGCAAGAAAUUCAUCAAAGCCUCGGAAAGUCAACCUCAGCAGCAAGUUAAGGAGUGAAUUUGCGAAAUACAAGGGAAAGGUGAAACCAAUAAUAUUAUGUAAGAGGAUGGAGUUUAAUUUCUAUGAAGGAAUGAAGUAUGGCAAAUUUGAAAAGAUCCCCCUGGCCUCCCAGGGUUGGCUGAAUCGAGGCUCUAACGGGGACUUUUUUUCGCUCUAUGAGGGAUACAUGUCUCCAAAUGAUGCCCAUUUUGGUCAUGUCCGGCUUCCAUCUUCUAUAUCUGACAUUCUCUCUUCUCCGGAUGACAAAAGCAGUGUUUCAGGAUUUUCACUUCUCAAAAUUGAAGAAGAUUUAGUCCAAAAAUUAAAUAAAAUGAAUAUUACAAGGCCUGCAGAUAUCCAGAUUGCAGCUAUGCCACACAUCCUUGCUGGCAAGAACUGUGUGGUGUCAGCACAUACAGGAUGUGGAAAAACCUUAGCCUACCUCUUACCACUUCUUCAAAUGGUUUCAAAAAAUGUUCAGAAGGAGGGUGGGGUAGGAGUUCCACAUGACUCUCCCAAACUACUGAUUGUAACUCCGAGUCGAGAAUUGGCCUAUCAGAUUCAUGAUGUCAUCCAAAAGCUUGUUGUGGGUUUGCCCCUGACCUCCAAAUUAUUUGUUGGUGGGUAUAGUGACCAAGGUAGUGAUGAUUUACCACAGAUUGUGGAUAUUGUUGUGGGAAGCUUGGGUACUAUCAAGAAGAAGAUAGCAAAAGGAAACAUUAAUUUGCAAAGAAUCCAGCACAUUGUCAUGGAUGAAGCAGAUCAAUUAGUUGAUGAUCAGAACCGUGGUCAAAUUAGAGGCAUUCUCAAGAAAGUCUCUAUCAAGCAGGUCUCUGAUGACGGCAGUGACUCAGAACAUGAUGACCAAGGAACUCAAUUAAUUCUCGUAAGCGCAACAAUCCCUACCAACUUGGAGGAUCUAUUUGACAACAUGGUUGAUGUUGGAUCUUUGGAGAGAAUCACUACGUCAUACAUACACGAUGUGAUGAGGAACACACCACAAUUGUUCCUUAAAGUUGGCAAAAUACACAAAGGAAAAACCUUAAUAGAUUUAAUAGAAAAGGAUGUCAAGCAUAACAAUCCAGUUCUUAUAUUCAGCAAUACUGUAAAAACAGCAGACUGGGUGUCAUAUCAACUGAAUGAUUGUGGAUACCCUUGUAAAAAUUUGACCAGCAGUGUAGACACUCAAAUUAGGCAACAUUUAUUUGAAAGAUUUCAACAAAAGAAGUUUAACAUCCUCUCAACAACUCCUAUAGUUGCUAGAGGUCUUGAUACUGUGAGGGUUAAGCAUAUUAUUAACUUCGAUUUUCCUCUGUAUGUAUCCGAGUACAUUCAUCAGAUUGGUCGAGUUGGAAGAAUUGGGAGCUCUGGAUCAUGUCACAUCACAAACAUAAUAGCUCAUCCAAGAGAGGUUGCUCUUGUCCAGAAAAUUGAGAAAUCAAUCCGACUCAAUGAGAAACUUACUGCUGUUAAUGCAAAUAUUCCUGGUAUUGUGAGACAUCGUAGGGAAAAAUUAGAAGGAGUAGAAAUGUAAGUUACAUAUUAAGCCAUAGUGUACAGUUUCAUAAUUCUGUUACCAUUUCCUAAAAUUUUUAAUAAAAUUUGUAUACUACUAA